AUGUUUCAUACCAAACUAAGACGGUUUUGUGGUUUCUUACUGAGUCACUGCAAAGACGCAAACUUUGUGGGUUGGCUUCCCCAGCACUAUAUAUCAAGUAGCCUCUACCACAGACACUCCUGUCAGAGAGGAAAGGAAUUAGCGAGAAGCAUGAUGAGGAGCCUUUCCCUGCUUCUGUUGGUUGCAUUAAUAGUCUUGGGAGGUAGUACAGAGGGCAGUGAGCACCAUAAACAAGCUAAACGGGAAACCUUAUCACGUUCCAAAAGAAGAUGGGUCCUGUCUACGAUAGAACUAGAAGAGGAAAUGGACGUGAAAUACCCGUACAAAAUUUCUACAAUGCACAAUCUUAAGACAGCAGAUACAGAAUAUGAGUUUGAAAUAAAGGGAGAUGGUGUGAAAGAAGGACUGUUCAGCAUUAAUAAAACAACUGGAGAAGUCUAUGUACAUAGGCGCCUCGACAGGGAACAGAAGAAAUCCUAUCAUAUCACAUUUGAUAUCUUGGACAAAAUUACAAAGCAAAAAAUUGACCGAGAUCUAUCUUUUGAUGUGGAUGUAAGAGACAUAAACGACAACGCACCGAGGUUCGCUGCGUUUCAGAAAAGUUACGAUGUGAAAGAAAAUACGAAAGAAGGAGAAUACCUGCCAGUGAUCAUGGACAUUGUAGACGAUGAUGAGCCAGGCACAAUCAACUCAUCAGUUGUGGUCACUGUGGGUAAACAAAGCCCACCUGAACCAAAGAUUGCAGUAAAGAGUAUUAAUGGCAGACUACAUCAACUCGUAUCUGAAGGAUGCUUUGACUAUGAUAAAGAAAAACACUUUUCCAUUGUUAUUAAUGCAUCUGAUCGUGGAAAACCACCAGUUUCCAGAACUGAAGUUAUUGAACUCAAUAUUAUUGACACAAACAGUCAUCCACCCACGUUUAAGAAGAGACAGUAUGAAGCUGAGGCUGUGGAAAUGCAAACCCCUGAUGACAUUUUAAGAGUUGCAGUAGAGGAUAAGGACACUCCCAACACUGACGGCUGGCGAGCCAAGUACUCCUUUAUCAGUGGCAAUGAAGAUAAAAUUUACAAAAUUACCACUGACCCUAAAACAAACGAAGGGAUCAUUGGUGUUGUCAAGGCGAAGAAUUUUGACGUAACUACUUUGGUAAAACUGCAAAUCGGAGUUGAGAAUAUUGAACCUUUAAAAGUCUGUAAAGAUGGAAAAUUAAUUGAAGAUUCAAGCAUCCUUCCAGCAAAAGAUUCUGUCAACAUCACAGUGAAAAUGGUUGACACUAAUGACGCUCCGGUGUUCGAAAAAUUUACAGCUGAGGUAUACCAGACAGAGGAAUCAGAGAAAGGACAGGUGCUGUAUACCCCUAAGGUUCAUGAUGUUGACUCCCCUAACGUCAGGUUUGAACUGUUAGAAGACCCUGCUGAAUGGGUGACUAUUGAUGAAAAAACAGGAGCAAUCACAACAAUCGAGAAGAUGGACAGAGAAUCACCUUUUGUAGAUGAGAACAGUAUUUACAGAAUUGUUAUUGCUGCCAUAGAUGAUGGUUCACCUCCAGCCACAAGUACAUGCACAGUCAGUGUCCACCUCAGGGAUAUCAAUGAUAACACUCCUACGCUGCUCAACAAGACUUUCAUUUUGUGUUCAAACCAUGUUGACAAGGUCAUGGUGCGUGCUAAAGAUGCUGAUGCUGAGCCAUACAGUGGACCCUUCAGUUUCUCCUUGGCAAACGGUAAAACUGUGAGCGAACGCUGGAAAAUAGAUCCUACCUACGGUGAAGAGGUUGGCAUUGUUUUGCUGAAGAAAUCUGACUACGGUAAAUACUCUGUACCGAUACGGAUUCAGGACAAACAGAGUCAAGCUAAGGAGGAGAAAUUAGCCAUUGAGGUUUGUGAGUGUGACGAAACCGGUGUUUGCCCAAAGAUCUUGUCAAUUGGCCUUGGUGACGCUGUCAUAGGAAUAAUUUGUGCAGGACUGCUUGCAUUUCUAUUAUUGCUCCUUCUUUUGAAAUGUAAUCAACAAAAACAUACAAACCCUAUAUGCAGUGAAGAAUACACUCAGACACUGAUGAAGUACAAUGAAGAAGGACCAGGCACUGAUUGCAAUUCUAAGUCCAACAUCUUACCAUCAAUGACUAUGGAGAGUAAUGUAAACGGCAUCAAGCUGGGCCAUACACAGAUGAACUCCAACAUGAACCUAACAGAGUCUCAGCAGUUUGUUCACAUCCAAAGAAGUAAAAAGGAGGAUUACAUGAUGAAUGUAAACAUGAACAUAUUGGAGUCUCAGCGGCAGAGAGGCCUUCACAAAGGCAUGACGAGAAAUGCCAGACGCUCAACAGUGUCAUCAGACAUGAGGAGCACAGUUCAGAGCUUUCCCGUCAGCCGUUCUAAGAGUACCUGGUCAGAUAAUCGUACUUCCAGUGUACUUCAGAGGUCUCUUUCAGUGACUUGUGAUAACCAAACAAAUAGCUCAGAUGACUAUGUCAAGAUUUAUGAUUAUGAGGGGAAUGGCAACAGCUGCAUGUCACUGGAUGUGCUGUCAUCUGGCAACCAACAGGAUGAUUUAAGCUUUUUGAAUGAUCUCGGACCACAGUUCAAGACCUUGGAAAAGAUCAUUAUGGCAAACAAGUCUGGAGUUUCCUAAAGCAGAGAAGUCUGGAAUUUAAGAUAAUCUUUCAUACUCUCUAGUUUGGUAUUAAAAAUACUGUAUAUACAAGUGGACUUUUUGAUAAGUGUAUAA